GGUAACCGGUAGUUAUACCAGUAAAGAAUUAGAGGCUUAUUCAAAAGCUGGUCACGUGGCCGAGCAAAGCGUUUCAUCAGUCAAAACUGUGGCCGCUUUUGGAGGGGAGAACAAACAGGCAGAAUUGUAAGUGCCAGCUCAGCUGCUUCCAGUGUUUGAAUAAUUCGAUUGCAAAUCAAUUAGGUAGACUUUUAUAUAUCUUUUAAUUGUUUUUGGAUCAUUUAAUACUUGCAAUACAUGUACAUCUUUCACGGCAAAAUUCUACUUUAAAUUUCUUCCGACGUCACGUCAUGUUAGUAAUUCUUGCGGCAGAAUCAACAUGGAACUACUUUGCACUAUGCCAUAUAUCGACACAAAUGAAACAUAUAUCCAAAAAGAAAACUGUUUAAAGAAAGGAUGUAGUAUAUUCCGGAUCCGUUCUGCGCAUGAGUAUGUUCGAGUCUUAAGCUUGUGAAACAAACAGUUUAAUUAGGUUUUAUAACAAACAUACUUGCAGGGAAGUGAGUCCGGAAUUGGAUGCACGGAGGCGGGAAACGUCCAGGUGCGUCCAAUAUCGGACUCAUCGAACCUACAACUGUAUGUUUGGCUUUUAUCACAUGUCGUUUUUGUAAAAUGUACUGAAGGACUUACGCAUUUUAGUAUAUAAUUUCUUGUUUCGAUAACGAACAUUUUAGCCGCCAACAUCUUAAGCAAACAAACAAACUUAGGCUUAAAUUGAAGCUAAGAAAAUUAUCUACCAUAUAUGUAUUCCCUUAUUCUUGAAAAGAGAAAAUGCACACAUUCUGCGAAAACAUUGCCAAGAUUUACAUAAACCUGCCCUUGCGGAACAAAUUUCGGCGGCCAUCUUUCUUCUCUUCCACUUUGAAUACAGAAUAUUCCAUUUUCACCAAACAAAAUAUAAAAAUAAUAAUUAUAAAAUAAUCAAAACCAAUCAAUUUAUUUUUUAUUUAAAUAUUCGCCUGAAAUUUGUUCAAAUAUCGCUUCAAAUGGCCGCCGAAAACAUCGAUUACGAACCCCCUCCUAAACAUAUAUCAUGAGCACGUGACCAGGUGGUUUGAGAUUGAACGCAUCUCCUAGCCUCGUAGCCAACAGGACAGCCGCUAGUACGCUAGGUAUGAGCAUGGAUAAUAAAAUACAUGGAUAGGAAACUAGCUGACGUUACCUGAUGUUUUCAAUGGGAUGAUGGCGUUGAAACCUAGUUGCAAACAAAAUUCUCAAAAACGGCAUGUUUAGCGAUAAUACAGCUACACCUUUUAGUCAAAGAGUAAAUAAAUAUAACUAGGAUGAAAUCUCUAAGUAUUCCCGGUCAAUUUUAGCAAAUAUUUCAAGCACUAAACAGUGAAAAAUGCAUCGCAAAUUUCGUUAAAAUUGGCGACGCCAAUUUCGUAGCUACAAAUGUAAAAAAAUACAAAACAAAGACGAAAAACAUUUACCUUGAAUACUUUGUCGUGGCUUAGGUAUGUUUUUAAAACAAUUAGACCAGUUUAUGCUUCAAUAUUACUCUUUUAAAGCGGAAAAUAUAGCGAAACAACAAAAUGCCAAAACUUUGGCAAUACACGUGACGUCACAUAGUGUGUAAAAUAACUGGAUAGAAACUUCCUGACGGCUGACGUCACAGUCUAAACCUAGUUAUUUACGUCCGCUUUGCCCGCGCGGGCGAAGCGGACACUAUGAACAUACUGACCACAAGCGGCACAGUUGUGACGAGCGCGCACGCUUCCCCCCGCGCGGAUAAAGCGGACGUAAUGGAAACCGGCCUUUAAGAUGCACCAAAUCGGCGACGCGGACGCGACUUUAAAACAGUCGCUAAUAAUUUGUGACUAUAGUUUUACUUUGUUUUUGUCGUGUCCCUGGCUUUAUUCACCAACAACAAUCCAUAGUUUCUACCCGUGAAGUGAAACUGAAAUAAUAUCGGCACUUUUUCGUCACGUCCAUGUCCGUAGAUUUGGUGUAUCUUAGCUCCCUUUUACAUCACCUGCAUGCAUGGCUGCGCUAUACAUAGAUAACUUAUUUAACACUGGAAGCAGGACCUAGUUGUCACCUCUUCGAUUAUGAAUCGAAGUUCAUUGUUUGGAUACAAAAAUGUAAAGAAACAAAGAUGACAAGAGUUAACGGACUGUACAACAUCUUUAAGUUCUUUGCAAUUAUUGCCUUUACUGGAAAUGUUGAUAUUUUUUAUUCCUGUAAGAGAAGAUACGAUCAUGAAACUCGGAGACUUCCAUGAGUGCCUGCAUACAGGUAGCAUUCAUUUUCUGUUCAUCAUUUAGAAAAAUCAUCUAUAGUUAUCUUCAAAUAGAGACGUUAACUUUGAGUCAUUGUUUUCAUCAACUAAAACGUGCUCGUUAACUUUGUUCAUCUUUAGGUAUGAGGAUCACCUUGAUGAUGCGGCCAAAUUUGGAAUUAUGAAAGGUUUAGGACUUGGAGUUGGAAUGGGAAGCUUUCAGCUAGUCUUGUACUGUAAUGUUGCUGUAUCAUUAUGGUAAACACUUUAAUUUACACCAAAGUAUUUUUGUCCAUUUGUAUUUGUUUCAUUAAUGUGUUAAAAAUUCUUGCACUCAAUGUAUAGUUUUGAGGAAUGAACCGUAUCAUUCCGUAUCGCUGAUUCAACACACAGAGAUUAUAUUUUAUUUAAAUAAAAUGCAAACCAAUUAAAUUCGUAGUUAUGGAGCCAUAUUCAAGGUUUGCUCCUUAUUGCAUUUCUUAAUAUUUCCAUGACUCAUUGACUCUCAUGACCAGUUUUCAAAAAUCCAUGGCAUGGAAUUCUGAAAUAUUGGUAAAUAAAGGAGAAAUAUUCGAUGGAAACACCGGUCAAACCUUUACAUGCAGUUGUAUAGAAACAACCAUUCCAAUUUUAAACGCUCAACAUUUUAAAUACAAAGUGUUAACAGUCUAUAUUCUUGAUUUCCGGUGAAUAGUUGUUAAUCCUUAUACCUAAGAUUUCGAACCUCGACUUUUUAAAUGUCAUCGAACCUCAAAAACGUAUACAUGCAGUUUCAAAAAUAUUGGUCUUCUUUCAUUCACGUAUUGAAUAAUUCAAAAAGACAUUUUCUGCGGAAUCUGUUUCAUUCAGUAUAAAGGCAAGUUAAAUGAAAAAUGUAUAGUAUUUAUAUACUAUAUACACUACAUGUAUAUACUUGUCGACCAUACACUGUUUUUUUCACGUCUUUUAGGUACUGCAUCAAACUAGUAAGAGACGGAGACGCUGACCCUGGUGACGGACUCACGGUACAUUUAGUUGUUUAUACUCUAAAAACACCCUGGUUAAAAAUUUCCCGGUUAAACUAAAAUUAACACUGUUUGGGGUAAUUGAAUGCUCCAGCAUGGUUAAAUUUCAUGGUUAAAUUAACCACAUUCCUUGUUAAUUGGAUCACUAUCAAGUUAACCAGGAUUCCUGGUUAAUAUAACCAGGCUUAUAGUUGCAUUAAUCACAUUAUAUCAGAUUAUUAUGCCUGAAAUUCUUGGUUAAUAAUAGUCCGCCCAAUAUUAUGCAUUUAAUUCAACCAUAUAGCCUGGGUAAAUUAACCAGAAAUGGUGGUAAAAUUAUCCAGGACUAUACAUUGAUCAAAUUAACCAAGAUGAUGGUUAUUAUAAAUUAACCAGGAAAUUUAAUCCAAAUACCGUUCAUUCUACAGAUUAACCAAGACAUUUUUAACCAGCUGGGUGUUUUAGAGAAAACUUCCUCAACCUCUGCAGUGACAUUGACGGAAUAUUUAUAUGCGGCAUAUUCCCAUUUGUCUUUUAUUACGCAGGUUGUAAACUAUAUUAUAUACGUAAUAGGUAAUUUUCGCGCAUAUUGAUUUGAUUUCAGGUUUUCUUCUGUGUUAUUUUUGGUUCAAUGACAACAGGUCAAUCAGCUCCUAGUUUCGAGGCCCUAGGAGUGGCCAAAGCUGCAGGGUACGCUGUAUUCAAACUAAUUGAUCGAGUAAGUAUACGUCCUUCUAUUUUCGUUCUGACAUUCCACCAUUUCCCUUAGAGUUCAAUUCCAACAGUAUUUUGUAUACACAUAUGAAUUUCAAAGGAGCGUUUGCCCAAGUGCUCACAGCUCAUCUAGCGGCUCACCCUACACAUUUGAAAAUAUUACAUUGUAGACACUGAAAGAGGUAUAACACAAAAGACACUCUUGUCAGACGACAUCGCCAAACUUUUAAUUAAUCUAUUGUCAAAGGAAAACGUUUAGUUUCAUUGAAACAUUGUUGGACAGAAUAGAAAAUAUUCCUGUUUUCUGAAAUAUUCUGUCUCCUUGAAUCAAAAAGGAAAAUAUUAACUUGUUGGGAAUCCGACAAGAGAUGCCAUUCGUUACCAAGAAAUUGUGCAAAAACAAAGUAAUAUCACACGAGUUUCUGAAAGGUAAACUCGACCUUUGUUGUACCGUUUGGGGUAACAAGUCUAACAAAUAAUGUGGAGUAAGGUUGUUCAUUAUUUUAAAAUAUGAAAUAAGCUUAUGCAUGGAUUGUCUUGUUUUCAUAUUUUCCCAAGACAGCUGUAUUUAGUUUUGCCCAUAGUUUCCUUAAUUAAAAAAAUAAAGCUAAACAAUCACUGAAAAAAUUUUUGAAAAUCCAUAGGAAAGUGUAUGGACCUUUAUUGGAAACUGUAAUGGACCUGAUUGGAAAUAGAAUGGAUUUUUGAUUAUCCGUAAUAAUUAUAUUUUACAUAUUACAUAUUUAUAUUGUGUAUAUUUACACACUAUGCAUAUAGUAUCGAAAUAGUAAAAUAUUUGAUGGAACAGUAUUAUUCCAUUUGUAUAGUUAAUGAAAAAAAUAGUUUGAAAUUAAUUUGCAGUAUCCGUACGUUAUAUUGAAGAUCAUUUUAUUUCUCAAAGCUUUGUUCAUUCCGUACUUGCGUUUUUGUUCGCUUGAUGCUUAUUUUAUUUUGUUGUGUUGAUUUUAAAAUUGUUACCGAUGGCAUAUUGGCGGCAAACUGCCAUGCAUAUUGCUCAAAAAGCAUCAGCCACAGUAACGGAGCAAUAUAGCAUACAUAACAGAGGCGAGCAAUGCAAUUUAUGGAUUCUUAGUGUACAAAUAAAACCCUGAUAACAGCAGAAGUGUUUGUUAUGCUUCAUUUCGGGAAGUCUGCACUUGCGUCACAAUUAACGUUGGAGGUCUCAGUAGAAUAGUAAAUUUCAUUAUCUACUAUCGAUAUCGUGGUUGUAGAAUAGAGGAAAAAAUCGUGUUACAUGGCAAAAACUGGAAAACAUACCCAUUCACUGGGAAAAAAUGUUAAUCCAUACUAUGAGAUUUGCACUUGCACAACUAAAUCCAUAGUAUAUCUAUACUAUGAUAUUCACGCGGCAUAGAGGAAUAGCGUAAAUUUCGAUUACGCCUACUGUGCAGACGUCGAUUCUGAGAAUUGUUAUAAUUCGUUUCAUAUUUAACUCUGUUAAGUACCACAUAUUUUAUCAGUUACUCCAGUUUUCUCUACAUAACUGAAACUGACCAUGCAUGCAGAUCGACAGUGCAUGAAUGAUAACAGUUAACGGUUCAUCUUGGCGGGCCUGAUAGACAACGGUACGUAGUAAAAUAUGCAGGAGAACUAAGAAAAGUUCAAUCGUUUUAAGUUCCAUUCAGUUCAGUUCAGUUUAUUUUAGAUCAGAUCAACUCAGUUCAAUUUCUGAGAUGUUUGCAUGCUAUCUCCGCAAAAUUUAACCUCGUCACCAGUACUUCAAAGUGUGAGAAAUAGACAAGAUAUUAAUAUAAAAAACUGCUUAUUAAAUAAUAUUUUUUCCCUCAAGGUGUCCAAAAUAGAUGCUUCGUCAGGCGAAGGACUUAGACCAGCUGUUGUUAAAGGAGACGUGGAAUUUUCUAAUAUUGACUUUGUCUAUCCAACUAGACCAGACAUCCAAGUAAGCGAAAUCAUUAAUUUUUCCUUGUUAUAAGGACUUCCAAUAAGUACCAAUUAUUCCCUGCGGCUAUAACCGGGAUUAAUAUAACCCUAGCUAAGUUCAUUGUUCCUUUUGUAAUGUUUGUAUGCAUGUACUGAGAAGGGGAACGAUAUUAUUCCCAAGACAAUAGUUCGUCUAUAUAUAUAACACUGUAUCAUCGUUCAGGACGAACUACCCGCGCCAGUCCGUUUAUCUCUAUACACUGCGCAGAUGGAUUAUAAAACCAACUAUAUUCAAUUUCGUUCAGAAUAUUCAUCUCUCUUUAAACUCUAAUAUAUACUAAUCCAUUUACAGUUGAUGUGAUUCGCUUCUAAUACUCUUAAAUCUAAUAUCCUUUCCGGUAGAUUCUGAAAGGUUUCUCCCUGAAAGUUCCGAGUGGUAAACGAGUUGCACUGGUCGGAGAAAGCGGCUGUGGAAAAAGUACAGUUGUUAAGCUCAUCCAGAGAUUUUACGACCCACUAGCCGGAUCUGUGAGUAUAAAAAUUAACAAGUACUGUAUAACUGUAUUCGGGAUAGGCAUUAACUAACUGUAGUGUAUUAAUUAACUGUAUUCAGGAUAGGUAUAUUAACUGUAUUCAGGAUAGGUAUUAUGUAUUAACUACUGUGGCAUUUAGGCUGAUUUAAGCAGAAAAUUCUGGUUGACCUGGGCUAAUGGUGAAUCAUGCUUGGUGAGAAAUCUAAGGCGGGUGCUUGGGGUUGUAAAUCAUGCGAACAUAAUUUGACUGAUUGAGCCCGGAUAUAGCUAUGUUCUGAGAAUGCAAAAGCGGGAACGGUUUAUAUGUUAAGAAUUAUUCUGAUCGCUAACAUGGAUUUCAAGAGUCAGUUUUCUUUUUCAUUUUUAACAUCGGAGUUCAAGAGUCAUUUUUCUUUUUCAAAUUUUUCUGGAAGAGCAAUUAUCUCCAUCAUCGCAUUGACGUCAUACCGUUAUAUUAAAACAAUCGAGGAGAUGAUGUGACGUCAGAGAUAUAAUUUUAUCUUAGCUGGAUGAACGAAACUUCGCAAUAGCGUGAAGCAGAAUGAAAUGCUAAUAUUCCUGCGAAAUGCUUAAAGAUAGAUGCCUCUUCCAGGCGGCCAACGUUCAUCUUCCGGCUUUAUGAAUGCACUAUAUGCUAAUUUUAUUAAUGAAUUGUGUUAUCUUAUUCCAAUAUAGGUAAAACUUGACGGUAAUGACAUUAGAACGCUGAAUCUCGGUUAUCUUCGGAGUAUAAUUGGUGUUGUGAAUCAAGAACCUGUGUUAUUUGCCACGACCAUUGCCGAAAACAUAUCUUACGGGCGAGUUGGAGCUAGUCAACGUGAAAUCGAAGAGGCUGCUAAAAUGGCAAACGCUCACGAUUUUAUAACCCAAUUUCCGAAGGUAAUUUCCAACGCUUUUAUGUAACUUUUAUGGAACGAUGAAGCUAGAGGCAGGAGAAGGAGGGGAAUGGCUCCCCAAUUGUUCGCCGAGUAAAAGAACUAAAGGUAAUUAUUUGAUAUAAAUGGUUAAAAUAAUCCGACCACAAUAGCUUCGUUUACUUGCAUGCCCCCGUCCCUACUUCCAAACCCACUCGGUGGUCACUGUCUGUAUAAUCUACACUGUCUGUGUAAUCUGCUAGAACGGUAGGUAACAAUACAAGUACAAUAUGCAAGUUUGAUAUAAGUGUCUGAAACAUAAGGGAAUUAGCCAACCAUAUUCCAUUAUUUGCGUACACGAUGAUCUGAAUACCUAAUGAAAUGUAUCGAUUCAGUCCAAAAACUGGAUUAAUAUUAACUUCAGUUUUAGGACUAGGUCAAAAUUGAUUCCAAUCACUUUAAAUAAUGAUUUCUAACUAUGAGAUGUCAUUUCAAAACUUCAAAUUUCGCCCUGCACGGGUUUGAAAUCCCAUCCAGUCAUACCUCAUUUUCGUAUUUGAAAAAAGGGUACAGCGAACGUUGCUGUUAUUCGUCUGUGAGCAUCGCCAAUCCUGACAAUGUACGGAAAUUCAGGACGUCGUCUCUUUGAAAAUAUAAUGUCGUUGUACUAACAUUUUAAUAAGUUUAAAAGAUCGAAAUUUGAUGUCUUGUCCUCAAUGAAUGCCAGCCUGACUUCCCCCGGCCUUGAAUAUUGCCGUACAUAAUCAAUGUUUUUGUUGUACAUGCUGCAUGAACGUAAUGAUGAAAUAAAUUUUAGGGAUACGAUACUCUUUGCGGAGAACGUGGUGCUAAAAUGAGUGGUGGACAAAAGCAACGAAUUGCCAUCGCAAGAGCUUUGAUCAGAAAUCCAAAAAUUUUGUUGUUAGAUGAAGCUACGUCAGCUCUUGACACGGAAAGCGAAGCUGUUGUGCAAGAUGCUCUCAACAAAGUUAGUAUGAAUAUCAAAAUUGCUUUUUUAAUUUAGUUGUUUGAUACCACAGUUUGUUUUGUUUUGUCGUCUCGUCCCGUCCCGCCCGUUGCUUUUUGUGUGUUGUUUUCCAUUAUAUUUGUUUGUCGACAGUUUUUUGUGUUGUCAAGGAUAUUUUUUUGCCCAAUUUUUUUGCCCAAUUCACAAUUGUCGGUGUAUUUUGUCGUCAGUAUACUGAUAAAACAUAUAUGCUCUUUGUUUGUUUUUGCUUCUUUAAUUGUUGUUAGUUAUUUUUGUCAGUUUGUUUAGUUGUUGUCGAUUUGGAUUUUUUUGUCGACAGCUUUUUUGUUGGCAGUUUGCUUGUCUGUUGUCAGUGUUUUAUUUGUUAUUGGUGUGCACUAUGUAUAUCAAUUUUUCUUUAGAACUAUUUUGUUGGUAAUGCACAAGUAAAUUACAACAGAGCAAGUUGCUAAUUAUGCGAUUGACGUUUUUUGGUCGUGUUACUAUUGCGAAUUAGACUCGGUGGUAUUGCAGCGGUUGUUCGAAAGCCGAUUAGCUUAAUCCUCGGUUAUUAACGAAACAAAUUUAAUUAAGCGAACCUCUCAAUAGCUUAUUUCUACCAUGAUUUGGCAAAUAAUUUCUCUCAAACCUAAAUUUGAAAGAAGUGGACUUGUAGAAAUACAAAAACAAAAACAGUGGGUUAAAUUUUCAGUGGCCAGGUUGAAUGAAGACCGAUAUAGCCCCAUUCAAUGGAUAGUGAUCUUUCAAGCUUUUUAUAGUUUUCAGUUGAUUAGUGUAGCCCAGAUUAAACUUUCUUGUUUAUAAAUUAAUUAAAGUUUCUUUUUAUUAAUAACAGUAAUUGUACAUGUGAAGAUCAUAUCCGCAAGUGUAUAGCUUUUCAAAUAUUUUUGCAAUGGUUCAAAGUAGGAUGACGCUAUUCAGCUUUCGUACAAGUUGCCUCUAAUGCAACUUAAUUAAUGCCUGUUGAUUUAUUUCAGGCAGGAGAAGGACGCACGACUAUCAUUAUUGCUCAUCGUUUAUCGACUAUAAAGGACGCAGAUAUAAUUGUGUCUGUGCGACUUGGAACAGUUGCUGAAACUGGCAAUCACGACGAGCUCAUGGCCCGUGACGGAAUCUACAGCAGUCUUGUGAAGCUCCAGGUAGGGGAAAAUGUCAUUGUUUGCAUUCACACUACGUGGCCCCUGACUGAUCAAAUACUUUUUUAAAGUAAAAUUUACAGCUGCACAUUCUGGAAUGUUGCGAUGCAUCAGGUGUUCAACGCGGGAGGUGAGGGAAAGGGAAGAGGGGAAGCACAGAUAUUUUAUCUGAAUUACAUUUUUAACCUUGAAAGUAUGUUGUAAAUUAUAAUUAAUUUGCGUACAGUAUAGGUGGCCUGACAAAAUUAUUUUGAGUGGUGGGUGUUCCGUAAACAUGUUUUUCUGAGAAACGUUUGUAAGUUUGGAGUCCUGGCUAUAUUUGUCUCACCCAAACAUCUACAAAAAAUGAUCUAUCUAAUGUCGAAUGAUGAAUUCAAUAUAUCAUAUCAGGCAGUGAAGCAUAUUAAUUUCCAGAUCUCCCACUCUAAUAUCUUAUGGGGCCGCAGAACAUUUUUACAUCUUAAAGGAUCAUUGACAACAUUUGCGUUUUAAGUUAAGAACUCCACAAAUAGUUUCAAAGAUCAAGAUAGCAAAAAGUAUUUUCCGAUACCGUCAUACCGGCUGAAUGUUUUGGACGAAGUCUGACUUUUUCUUUCACAACGCUAUUCGGAUCGAAAUUAAAUUUUAUCGAUACUACAGCUGCAUCAGAUUAUUGUACAUUGUAGCCACUUCACGUGUGUUCUGAUUGGCCAAUAGUUUGCAGCCAAAUAUGGAAAUUACAAAACUUACAGAUGAUUGAGUUAUCUGAUCGUCUUCGACUGACAGCACUUACCUCGCUCUUUGAUAGUUCAGGAUAUUUACGUAAAACCUCAUCCAAAACUGUUUUUAUUUGUAUUAAAUUAUUUGGGAGAAUUUGGGCUAUAAUUAAUCAAGUCACAACAGCGAUCGAGUCACAAUGAUAUAAACAAGAUAUCACGGGAAUGCCAUCAAAGGACAUCAUCAUCCUUGUUUAUAUAUAUAACCAGUCAAUUUAUUGUCAAAUUGCUUGAGUAUAAUAACUCGUUGAAGGUAUUGCACUUUCAUUGAUGAGCUUCAUUAGCUGAGUGGUCUCACAUAUGCUGGGCAAUAUUCGUGCAUUCAUGCAGGGCAAUUUUCGAUCACGUAAAUAUAGAAGAUAAAUUUUGAACGUUUUUGAGGUAUGUGCGAUGGGUCCAUAUUAGACUACGAUGAGUUCGUUUUGUAUCUGACUGCAUGGAUUGGUUGAGUUUCAUUUCUCCACCUUGCAUAAAGAGAAGCUAUACUAUUUCAAAAACUACUAGUAGGCGAGUAUCGACAUACUGUAUCACAGGGUUGUAAGUACUUGUUUCAUUAAUGUAACCUGUUAAAGGCUAUUCUUAUGGAUGUUGUAAUUUCGAGAUAUAACAUUUUUCAAAAAGAACGGGAAAGGUAAUUACGAUACAAAGAAACGCACACUUUAGUAGAGAAAAAUUACAAACUCCUUUUAUACUAAUGUCUUUAAUGAAAUGAGUGAAUGUCAUUUGUCAUCGCGAUCGAGAAAAAUAUAUGCAACGUUCAUAAGCAAUUUUACAGCUCUACUAUUAUUAUAUAACGUGUCCUCUUGAAUUGCUAGGAACGUGCCGGUCUCGAAGAACCGGAAAUAGAUGAUGAGGAAGGGGAGGAUGAUAAUACAUUGAAUACAAACAACCUCACUGUUCCGCAACUUGAAAUGUCUACAGUGACUUCUUCAACUGCCACGGUUUCACACAUGACAGCAAGGGUAUGUAAAAUUGUUAAAUUUCCGUAGGUUUAUAAUAUAAUAUUCAUUCCAAUAUUUGAUCUCUUUUGAAAAUAGUUCUCCUCGAAAUCAAUAGUUCCAUUCUAGCAGAACGACUCCAGUCUAGUGUUUCCAUCAGUGAUAAUCUAAAUUUCCAAUAUCAGAUUUAAAGGUCCAAAAUUAUGGAAUUCAAUUGAAGAAGAAAUUAUACUCCUCAUUUCGACAAUUUUAAAGUAAAUUAACAUAAAAAGGAAACGUACAUCUACACAUUAAAUUCUUGUCUUUGUUUCCACAAAGCUUACUCUUCGGAAAAUAUAGAAAAGUUAUGAAAAUUAUCGUAAUAUUGGUAGAUUUUUUCUUUGUUUAUCUUACUGUUCGUAUUGUGUAAGUUUGUGUAAAUAUCCAUUCACUCCGACCAACACAUUACUGUUUAAGCUAUACCUGGCGAACUGGUUUUCAGGCAUUUUAGCUAAUUGCUAUAUUUCUGAAAGCCAGUAUAUACCCAUGCAUUUAUCAAAUAUUAAAUUCUUGUUAUAAUCUGUAUAUAAUAAUAUAUUUCCGGCAAGGGUACGAAUAAAUUGUUGUUCAUAUUGUUAUUGUCAUAGCUCCUUUUUAAUAAAUACUCGAAGAAACGUUAAACAUCAUUGCCGAACAAGGCAAAGACGCUUGUUGAAGAUGGUAAUCGUCAUCUCUAUUUCACAGCUAUUUAAGUACGAUGAUUCAUAUUUAAAUCCAACUUUCUAGGAACAUCCGUUUUCUUCGGUUUCGGUUGACAACACUGUGCUUAACUUUGUCCACUAAUUGUAAAUUAUUGAAUAUUUAAAUCUAAGCAUGAUAUUGAAAAUUUUUCAGACCAAGGGCAAUGAAUUAUCUUUGACCGAGGUCUAAAUAAUUAUUGAUAUCAUAUUUAUUAUACAUCCAGGUUCCUCAUAAAAAGGCGAGUCUUUAUAACCCAUUUUAUUUUGGCUUCUAAAAUGUCUUUAAUUUCUUGCGCUGGUGACUUGGGUUCUACAAUGUGAAACAGCCUUCUUUCAUUGGACUGAAGUCCCGUCCAGAAAACAAUUAUUUCAUGUUGAUAAUGUCAGUAACGGAAAUAACGUGGUAGGUACUAGGUAUUGAUAAUUAUCCGGGAAUUAUUGACCAACCACGAGCGAGAACAAAAUUUGAAUGAAUAAUAAUGUUAAUUAAUUAAUUAUUAUUUUUUCACAAACGUCAUUGGGCUGCAAUAACCACAAUGGAAUAUCUUCAUCUUUUUAGUCCGAAGAAGAGGAAAUUGAGAAGGUCCCGCUUUACAAAAUAUUACAGAAGAAUAGUCCUGAAUGGAAAUUUAUAGUGUUGGGUUGCAUUGGUGCUACACUUUUUGGCAUAUAUCCGCCUUUAUUUGGAUAUAGUUUAGGAGGAAUAUUUGAUGUAAGUAUGUGAAAAUCUGCAAUGCAUUUUGAGGAUACCUCGAGGGCGUACCUAAUUUUAUGAAUUUUUUGACGCUGAACAUUAUAUGAAAUAGCCUGCCAAUCCGGAGACUUACUGGUAUAAACCCAGGAAAAUUUUAGGGAAAACGCCCUUUAUUUGACCUUUGACAGAAAAUGCAACCAUGCCUAUAUUAUACAUUAUCCAUUAUUAAAAGCAAUCCACGACAACAUUUUUUUAUUUUUUAUCGCAUACAAUUUGAAAUAUGAUAUUAUUGCACGUUUUCACAGUGUACUACUAGUACUGCACACUUCCACUUUAUUAGUGUAAAAAUGUGUUAUAACUGUACACUAUGUAUGUUUCGGGCAUGAACCGCCGCACAUUUUCAGUUCUUGGGUUUUGAAACCCAAUUUUAAGCGCAGGUAUAAAAUGCAUUGUUCUGCUGGUUAUGUUAAGACUUUGGAAAUACAAUCAUUACAGGGCUCAUUAGUCAGAGUACCUUUGAGAAUAUAAGAAGAAUUAGCAUUAUACUGGAGUGACCUUCAAAAAUUUAAUAGAAAUAUAUUAGAAUAACUGAAUAAUGCAUGAUUAUUUCAGUUUUGGUAAGAAAUCUAGGAUGGGCGCGUGGGGUCGGUUGAGCCAGAGGCGAGUUGCUCAGACCUCCUUGACUGGAAGAAAUUAUAUAUUAACAAGUUCCACCAUUACACUAUACCUCUGAGCCGCCUUCUACGACACACCUGUGAUGCUUGUCCAAUGACUUGUUAUUUUCCCGGUCACUGUGCAUAAUGAAAGUUCGAAGCUAGCUGAAAUGUCCAACAAAAUUCGCCCAUUCUGUAACAUGAUUAAAUUACAGUGGGAACUAUAGUCUAACUGGUUUAAUUUCGUCAUAGCUCAUUCUAUGAAAUAUUUUAGACGUUAGCCAAUGAUCCAAAUGUAGAAGAGCAGAAUCAAGACAUGAAAGAUGACGGCAAGAAAUGGGCUAUUUAUUAUGUUUUUGUUGGCGUGGAAAGCGCUAUUGGUAUCACAUUGCAGGUAAGUGUGUACUGACAAAGCAUAAGAUGUAAAUCCAUAGAUAGCCAACAGGGAGUAAUUUCGUUUUCGCCCAAUCAGCGCAUUUAUUUACAAUGUUGCGCUAAGCUGCUCAGAAUGCAUGAAUUCGCGACAGUUGCUAGAAGACCAGUAAACUUUAAUACAAAAACAGGACCGGUCUUAAAUAAACUAGAAAUACAUGCAUGCAGUAACCCCUCGCGAAUAUUUUCCAUACAUUAAACAUGAAGUAUUCAGAAAUGACCAGCACUGAACGCAGGCUCGCGCUCAAGUGUUGCCAUGACAACACGAUGUUCUUAAAUUUUUAUUUUCAUAUAUUUUGUACAAAACUGCAAAAUAAUUGAAAGAUUCGUACUUUUAACUAUACAAUAAUAAAUUUCCAAAAUAUAUACUGUAGGUAUAUUAUUUUGCAUUUUGUGAGCUUUGAUUUAAUGUAAAAUUUAACUUGAAACGCUUCGUAAAAUGUUUUGAAAUGUUCAUUCAAGUAAACUACAUUGUGCCGAUAAACUGUUUUUACUUAACAAAACAUAAUAAGUAUAAUACAAAUAAAACAAAUUGUUAGGUAAUUUCAGUUCAGUCUUGAAAUCAAUUUGUUUGCCUUUACAUUUUAAGAUUUUUUCUCAAAUUAAACGGUAAUUUAUGAAACUUAGAGCUUCUAUAGUUCAUGUUUUUUAUUACGCAAAAAGUUAAAGCAACAAAAUUCGUAAACAUUUUAAAAAUAUUCAAAGCAAGCUUGCCGUAUAUUUCCCGAUUUCCCGUAGUAAACCAAUUCUUCUCAUUUCUUCAAACAAAAUUGCUUCAAGCUUGUUGUAUAUGAAACGAUUUUCCAAAUAUGUGUCUUUUAAAAUUGAAAUCUUGCUUGCCAUAUUUUUGAGAUAAGUGAGGAUGACCACCCACUCAAGAUCGUCGAUCGUUGGUGAGCGCCCGCGAUAAUUGAUGAACUUUAGACUUCGCUAAUGCUUUCGUUUCCCCGGGUGUAAAUAGCCGGGGGGAAUUAGUACCCUCGCACGGCGCUUCACGCCGUCGGCUCGGGGAUUAAGAUGGCGGAUAUUUUAUAUUUUGCUAGUAUAGAUGUGCAUCACCACUCCAUUCCGUUUUCCUGUGCAUUCCAGAAAAUCACGAGGAAAUUACCUAUAAUGGUGUCCCAUUGAUCAAUUAUGUCUAUUUAUGAUAUAUCCUUAGCUCAGGCAGCAAUAAGAUCUUUAUUGGUGUGCCAAUAAUUUCUUUUACUUCUAGUACUGGGCCCUAGCCAGGGCAGGGGAAGCAUUAACAAAACGAUUGCGGAAACAAACAUUCCUACAAAUUCUUAGACAGGUAAGUAAGUUCUGAAAGACGCGUGUUUCUCGGUCAGUUUCGAAGUGGAAAGUCGGUUAAAAUUAAACAGUGCACAGCGCCUGCUCGACCGCUGUUAUCCCGGUGGUGUCGGGGUCACCAAAAUACUCUGUCUCAGUAAAUAAAUGAUAAAUAUAUUUUUGAACCACAGAGUUCGUUCCCGAAUAUCUUUAGUAAUUGCAUACUCUCGAAAAACAAACAAACAAACAAACAAACAAACAAACAAACAAACAAACAAACAAACAAACAAACAAACAAACAAACAACGUAAUUAUUGUGAUGCCUGAACAUUGAUGAACACGGCAAUCAGAUAGCAAUAGAUACCUAUAUAGGGAUCAAAACAAACCUCGACCUAUGGCUCUCGACAGUCUACAAUUACCAAACUCGAAUAAGACAACACAAUAGUCAAUACAAUUCCUAAAAAAAUACCUGUUCAAAAUUGAAUAAAACUGAAUAGAACCAAACAACCGCAACUAAAACGAUUAUAAAACUGAAAGAUGUACUGCUGCAUUUAACAUAAAAAAACUAAACGAAGUAUUUCGGCAUUUAUAUACAUGGCUAGAAAUUUCAUACACUGUGGAGUUAAAGCAUGCGCAUUGGGUACUUAGAAAUUAAUCCAAAAUGGCGUCUUUAGUAUAAGAUUUAAGCGUAAAAUACACAAAAUUAAGAAUUUUAGCAAUUUACGAUUGUUAAUUCCAACAUGCGAACAUCUGAAACAUUCCCAAACCACACAAUAUAUUAUUUGUUAAAUUAUCAGAACAUGUACAAUUCGAUCGAUCAGAAUGGGUUCCCGAGCUCCUCGUCAAGAUACCGGUUAUUCACUGUACAAAGUCCACUAAUUGACCAUAUUUUGUAUUCUGCAUGGAGCUGAAAUUAUGGCCGUAGGCCUACUUGCAAAAUUUUUCAACCAUGCGAACAUCAGAAUAUACUCCCGAACAACGAUACUCUUAUUCACGCUUGAUUUUAAGCUAUUUUAGUCCCGUUUAAUGGGUUCCCUAAUGUCAUGAAAUACGUUCGCAACUUGUUUUUGAGCAUCAUAAGACUGCUAUUUUCAAGAGGCCAUGAUAGGCAAAAUUUCAAAAUAUAGUUCCGCCAUUGUUGUUGCUCGAAAGCUCUCGAAAGCUGUUGCUAUGUUACCAUGAUCUUUACUGCUGGCCUAAGAGACUGUAGCUACAAAAAUAUUCGCUCAAAGUCGCGGGGAAAAUUCAAAUUGGAUUAUUCACACUGUGUUGUUACGAAAUGUGUUGUUGGAAAUCACAAAUUAGUUUGUGGACAUAUUGAACAAUCCCCUUGUUAUUUCAAUGAGAAUCUAUCUGUAUAUGUUUUAAAUAUUUCCAUUAAAUAUCGGAGUAAUUGACAUUGUCUAAAAAAAACGCUAUGGAAAUUCAACAGGCUGUCGUGCAUCAUAAACGUGGCUAAACAAUUAAAUUUUUACAUACGACGAAAGAACAGUUAUUUAGCUUUUCAAUGAUAUUCUUUUUAAAUCGUAACGAUGAGAAAUGGCCACAUACUCGUCAAAUAAAAAUUGCCGGUCGAAGUCACAUUCUUCCACCGUUGGGAAUUGCAUGGAAGACGAGCCAUAGACAAUUCCCAAGAGGGAAUUAAAAUUGAAUGUUAAAUUAUCUAAAAUGAGCUCAACUCGUCGAUCUUCGUCUUAUUGAGAUGUCAAUAACUCAAUAAGAACGUCCAUUAUAAACAUGGUUCAAUGAAUCCCUGAACAGAGAAUUUUUGCAGCAGGCUCGCGUUGCUGUUGGAUUGACUAACUUUGCAUAAUUAAUGUAUUUUCAAUUCCCAACGGUGGAAGAAUGUGAUUUCGACCGGUAAUUUUUAUUUGACGAGUAUGCGGCCAUUUCUCAUCGUUACGAUUUAAAAAAGGUAACAUAGAGAAGCUAAGUACUGAACUGUUCUUUCCUCGUAUGUAAAAAUUUAAUUGUUUAGCCACGUUUAUGAUGCACGACAGCCUGUUGAAUUUCCAUAGCUUUUCUUUUUGAGACACCCUGUAUACAGAUAUCGCGAUUUUGAAUAUUUGAAAAAAACAAGCGAAAUUUAUAUAUAAUUACAGUUGACUUUUUUUUACUGAAGCAAUCACUCUUACCACUUCAUAAUAUUUUCCAACCUUGGUUGAUUUUGUGUAAAAACCGGCAGUAAUGAAAAUUAUUUAGUUCAUUAUAAAAGUGAACCGCCAUCUUGAAAAUUCCUGCAAAUGAUCCUGCAAUCCCAUACCGCUGAGUGUAUGAAAUUUCUAGCCAUGUUUAUACCGUGUCUAACGUUGCCAAGUUCCUUUUCACGCCCGACUGCGCGCCACGUUGACAUGUCAUUAUGAUGAAAUCGAUUAAACUGUUAAGAGAACACAAAACGUUUGGGAUUUGGAAUGGUCCGAUUGGAAAUUCUGGAUCAAAUCAAUCAUUCGGCUGAUUUUCAAAAAAAUUGGACUAAAUCUGCUUUAUCUGAAUCAAGACAAAUGAAGAAUUGUGAGAAUUAAUAUCAAUGUUAUUUUUUGUGUGAUCUCGUUUUAGGAAAUAUCUUAUUUCGAUCAGACCGCUAACGGUACUGGAGCCGUAUGCACACGAUUGGCAGUUGAUGUGUCCAGAAUUCAAGGGGUAAGUUAAGCUUGCAGGUUCAGGCAGAGAAUUAAAACAUAUCACAUUAUUAUAUGAAUGCUAAACAUGAAAUAAAGGACUGCAUGGCCAUGGUUUUUCGGAUAUUUAUAUUUCGGGCUUGGCACAAGUCCAUUGAAGUCCGAUAAUUCGCUGUGUUCAUGAUAUUUAGCAUUAAUAGGGAGCAUUUUCCACUUUUGGGUGUUUUAAUUUGUGCUAAGUUUGAAAAUUGUAUUCCCAUUUGAAGCUAAAAAUAACACAUUUAACAACACUAACGGUUUGACAAUUUCACUCAACCAUGUAAGUUUAGUUACUCUGGUUUAUCGAAAAGAUAGAAGCCAUAUUUUCGCCACGAACUCAACUUUUACUUUGUGCAGCGUCGCCGCCAUGUUUGUUUUGUUUUGAAGCACGUGCAGUGGCCAUUACUUGAAAACUGCUUGAUUGGCUCUCUUUAGAUCCAAUUAUUUACUCACCAAUCAGAUUAGUUUGUUACAGAUUUCUGCACUGUGUCACAGAUUUUUCCACUGCGGUUUAGGAUUAACUGCACCAAAAAAACCAACCAAUCACUGUCAAGUAACAUUUUAUGUAUAUUAUGAGAUUGAAAACCCCACAUGUUUUUAUAUCCCACCUAUAAGUUGUGAGCCAAUUGGAUAUGGAGAAAAGCUGAAAGUAUCGUCUUUCAGGCUGGCAAUGAUAUGUGGUUAGCAGAAUAAAAAAAAUUCUUUACCAGAGUCGAGUUGUGACGUCAUACAUGUUGAACAAAAAAUAGCGAACUCGUGCAGAUUGUUUUAGUCAAAAUAUUUCUUAAACCAAACACGCGACGGCAAUAUCAGUUUAAAAGCUCCUUCAAACAAUAUCGUGGUUUUGAAGCAUCUCGUUCAGUAGAACUAAUAGUAAAUAAGUUAAUAAUAACUAAUUGUAAGUUUUUUGUAGAUAAAAAUAAUAUUCGAAUGCAUUUUUAGAUCUAACCAAGAGCAGUUGCAAAAAAUGCAAUUAUAGGCCCGGCUCUGGCAAGAAUCACGCAUGAAGCUCUUGCGAUUCCGGCAAAUCGCUUUAACCAAAUCGCUUUAGCUAUACAGAGUCCAGUUGCUCGAUAUUAACCAUGGAUUCAUGUAUAUAUAAUGGAGCGAUGCCAGAAGAGGAUAUGCAUGUGGGCAAAUACAGUACGUAUAUACAAUUGGCUAAGAUUUUUUCUAUAUUCCAAAACAGGCAACAGGAGCUCAAUUUGGCCUUAUCUGUUCAUCGAUCGUCAGUGUAGCUGGUGCUGCUAUAGUUGCCUUCAACGGUUCUUGGAAAUUGGCUUUGGUUUUAUCUUCCAUAGUCCCGAUGCUAUUAGUUGCUGGUAUUUGUUAUAAUGUAUUUCUCGGUGGGGGGACAAUGGGUCCAGAAAGAUCAGAGUCUGGGCAGGUAAGGUAUUUAGGUAAAUCGAUAAUGUAUACUUACAAUAUUCUCGUAAAAAUUUUGCCUUACAACCUGUUAUCAUUCUCACGCAUUUCCACAUCCCUCCCCUGCAUCCUCGUCCCUAAGGUGUCUGGGCUGCGUGUAACUUUUCAAAUACGCAAUGUCGUGAAUGGAUAGUGUUAUCACAACUCUGGGACAAAGUGUUGACAUAUUUUUUAAAGUAAUUAUGCUUAGGGAAAAUUAACUGCUCAACUUGCGCUAAUCAGCGAUUCUCUGAGACGCUAAACAGAUCUUCCCCUUCCCCUUUGAUCGUCGAAUCCAGUAACCAAUUUUCAACAAGUGACCGAGCGAAAUUGGCACUGGGGAUGAGAAUGCUUUGAUCCAAUAUAUAUUUGAAGUUAAUUUACCGCAUUUAACAUGACGGUUAAAGUGCGAAACAUUUUAAAUGGUUUGAAAUCGGCAAUUUGAAUACGAAUACCAAGCUAACAUAUACUCUCAACGACAAUGAAUGUUUUUCAUCGUCACUUCUACUUACUUUGCGCAAAAUAUGAGUAUACUAGUAUAAUAAAAAAAUCACUUUAUUACUGUCAGUGAUACUAAAUGUUCAGGAAAAGCAUUUGAAAAGACCCUUUUAUAUAUUUCAUUCUGUAAAUCACUCAAAACAAGUACUGAUAAUCUAGAUUUCAAUGACACUAAAACUAUGCCUGUAGAAGAUGAAAGAUUGGGCUUAUUUUGAAAAACUAUAUAGGUUAUGAGCAAGAAGAAAUCCUUGAAUGCUUAAAAAAACUAUGAAAAAAUCAAGGAUCAAUUUACCAUAAAAUUGCCGGAAUUAUCACUGAUACAGAAUUAUUAAAUGCAGCAAAAAAAUAUGAAAUUAAAGAAAGCUGCUUACAGCGACAGAAUUACAAAUGAAAUGAUCAAAUCUAGUGUUAAAAUCCUACUGCAAGGAUUUCUUAAUUUAAAGUCUUCAAUACCAUUUUAAUAUCUAUAAACACUAUUCAGAAUCAUGGUGUGACAGCGCUAAAAUAACUCAAUAUUUAAAUCAGGAAUUUAAUUAUAACUCCAAUAUUUAUAAUCUUGAAUUGUUUUGUAACUUUUCAUUACAAAAACCCUAUCUUAGAUGAUAUACUAUAUAUAUUAACCGUAAAUAGAUAUAUAAUGACAGUUCAACUUUAUAUAAAUUUAUGUUCGUUCUUAUAUCUAACAAUACCUGUAAUUACCUCGGGUCGGUACGACACCGAGGUCUUAAAUUCGGCUCCUAUUUUUUUUUUAUUGUUUUUUUUUCCAUUUGUGUCGAGCCGCGCGCGUAGUCGAAGAUCGAAGAGCCUGCGGAGGAGACGACAACUUCCGGUAAAUAAGUGUACUUCCGGCAAGCAUCGGCCAAAGCGAAACGGAACCCGAAGCUGUCCUUGCACAAAAUCCGUCAGAAUUGUUGAUUUAAAACCAGAAGAUGUGAUAAUUUUGACAUACAUGUUUAGCUGGACAACUAUUCUCGAGUAUAUGUUGAUAUAAUGUACAAUACAUCGUAUGCAUAGCAUGGGAAUACCACGGCCAACUUUCACUUGUUAUCUAUUAUAAUUACUGACCCGAAUCAAAAGUAAUUAUUUUCGGCUGGAAGACUACUGUACGUUGCUGCUUGUCGGGACCGUAUGACAAUGAACCUAUCCAACGUUACACUAGACAUUUGUGAGGACAUGCAUAUAGACAUAACCAUAGGCACUGUAGUGCAUUGAGUGAUAGAACAGAUUUCAGUUUAAUUAAUCACCCUAAAUUAAAAUCUCCACAAGCGGAGGUCAAUUAUAGUGUUCUAGUUUACAUAUUAUCAUUAAUGAUAGGGUUUACUCAAAUAGCGUAUUGGAUAAACACGGGAAUAGAACUUAUGGUGUAUUCUGCACAUGCGUAUAUCUAGAAUAAAAUCCCACAAGCGCAAACGAAACUAUUUCUCUAUAAAAUUGAACUGAAAAGACUCACAGCGACCGUUUCCAACAGUGCUUCAGGCACCCGACGACACCGUAUGGGGGGCCUUUAGCACUGUCACCUUCUCAUCUUGGGAUGUUCUCACGUUAUCGCGUGUACAUGUCAGGGUGACGAAGAUGCAUUAUUGCUAAUAAUGUCUGUGUGCACUGAUGCACGCUGCAUUAUUUUUAAUAAUGUUGUGUGCUAUUUUAACGCGUACAUAGAAUAUGACGCGUAUAAACAUUUACCCCUGAGCCGGAAUUUCCCUAUACAACCCAAAAGGCCGCUCCCGUUUUUCAGUAGAACGUUAAAUGAAAACUUCUCGACAUUCGCUGAUAUAAUGCAGAGAGAAAACAAUAGGUUUGAUGAGGGCCAGUAAUUAUUGUCAAUAAAAUAUUAAAACGGAGCUUUGAUUAACUGAUUCACCAUUUAUACUAGUGAACUAUUAAACUAUCGUGAUUUACACAAUUUUUGGAUAUUUACCAGACGAUCCCCUAUCCACCGACCCGAGGUUAACGCCGAGUCGGCGUCUUGUUAGGUUAUGAAUUUGAAUAAAUUAUGAAAAAAAACCUCAAUCUCAUGGCCCAUUGAUUUUACAACACAGCCCUCUCUUCAAAUAACUUGCAGGUAGCAGCUGAAACGAUUUCCCAUAUUCAAACUGUGGUGUCCUUGGGUCGCGAAGAAGAGUUUUUCGAACGAUUUAGAGACUCACAAGUUGCACCACUUCGGUAAGUAUAAUAACAAUUAAAUAAAUAAGUAAUAACAGAGCCGAGAGAAUGCCAAGCGAAUGUGGUGAUCAACCUCGUUUUGGCUAGAGACAUUCUCCAGAAUCAUCGCGUAUAUAAGUAAUGUGUUAUAAUUUAACGAGAAAGCGCUUAAAUACCGAAACGUGUCAUUGCUAUCCGGGUUCUUUUGUAACAUACUUUAAGGUGUUUUAUAUACCAUACGUAAUUGGUAAUAAGCACCUUUCGAGUUGUCACAUUACUUCGGACUGGACUUGUAUUUAAAGAAAAAUUCAAAGCGAUAACUAGAUAUAAAGACAGCAAUACCGGUGCUGGGUCCUUCUGUUUUGCUAAUGACUUAUUAUAAUGUUUUGAGAAACAUGAACAACCGUGGUUUGAAUAUUGAAGACUGAAAUUCUCACAGGAAUAUAUCUCAAGCCUUUUGGCAGAUGACAUGAUCCAUCCAACAUACAUCCGUAGACACUACAUGCAGAUAGAAUUGUCGAAAUGUUAUUUACCUUAUUGUUAUCCAGAAUGAACAAAUUUCAAAUUAUAAAUGAAUUAAGUUCAUUGCAAAACAUCCCUGAAUAGUUUGGCCUGAAUAGUAAGUGCAUUGCAAAACAUCCCUGAAUAGUAUAACUGCGAGUAUAAUAUUAUAGGGUAGAAAUGCAUGCAUGCAAAAGAAACCCCGCCCUUUGCCAGAAAAACCACUAUAUUUUCCAAAGAUGAAUUAUUUGGAGUGGUUAUCAUGGUUACACGAUCACUUUAUUCUUUUUAUAUAUUUUUUAAAUUAAAUUUCAAAAACCGGCCAGAAAUGAUCACUUUUAAUCAGUGGUGUCAAGUAACGAAGUAAAUGUACUUCGUUACUGUACUUGAGUACUAUUUUUGAGAAGUGAGCAUGUAACAAAGUAAACUUUUUCUGCAGUACUUUUACUUGGAACGAAGUCGUUUUAAGAAGUAACGUUUCACGUACGUACUUCGUUAUUUUCAUUUUGUGGCGAGGUAAUUCGUUACUUUCUAACUUUUGUUUAAUUUUACGUAAUUUAUUCCCAAUUUAUUUUACUUUUGGGAUAGGUAAAAGGACCUCUACAUGCGUUUGGGAUCUCUCGUUUGUGACUUACUUAUAAGCAUUAUUUAUUUAAUGGAUUUCUUAUAUCUUCAGCGGGGUCUGGAAAGUAGACCAUGCCGUGAAAUAUUGUAUAUUUAUAAUGCGUGUGCUGUUUUGUGUCUGUGUGUUUUUUUUGUAUCUCAAUCCAUGAAUGGAGAAGUCCCCCCCCCCUCCUACACUCUACAGACAAUAGUACUUUUACUUUGUACUUCAAGUGUUUUUUUUUAAGGAUAGUUUGUACUUUUUACUUAAAUACGUUUUGCCUCCAGUACUUUUUACUCUUACUCAAGUCGUUUUAUUUUUAAUUACUUCUGCUUUUACUCGAGUAUAAAUUCAAAGUAAUUUAGGCACCACUGCUUUUAAUCUGAAAAAUUAUCAAUUUCGCAAAUAUAGAGGAGCUACACGAUAUAGGUAUUAUACUAUUAGGCGUAAUAUAAACUUCAAUUAACUAAUGUAAAAUUCAGCUACUUACGCUCCACAAAAGUUUUAAAAAGUUCAUAAAACUAAACUGCCUUUUAACGACAACCUUUGAGUUUCAAAUAACAACGAUUGUGCAAUUCUCUCAUGAAAAAAACUUUGCUUUCUUCCUUAUUUAAAGAUUUAAUAUCCUAAAUUUUAUGAAAAGGGUAAUUUUUUAAAACAAUGCACUGAAUACAUUGUCUUUUUUAUUGUAGCUACGCAACAUCGUUUUUUUAAAGCGAACAAAUACAUCAAUUUUAAAAGCAACCUUUUUUUAGGUUUUACAGUUUCCAGCAAUCUUUUAUAUGAAGAAAAAAACAUUUUCGGCUGCUCGUCCCAUUAAACGAUUAUUCGAGUUUCUCGUGGUUUUUCUGAUGUUUUUAUUCAAAUCUCACUCAUUUCACUGAUUUAUUCCUGUAAAUCGCGCAUUCGCCAUACUUUAGGGAUCAAUGGGAGGUCCACCCGUGAGGUCCUUUUCCCGUGUGCAAACAGUCGAGCGGAAUUAUAGUACCCUGGUUUGGGGAUAAUACACCAUUAUGCACAAUGAUUCAAAAUUUUCGAGUAACUGAAAUUACCCAAAUUUAUGAACAAGGUUACUCAUUUUCUUAGUAAGGUUUCUAAUUUGCCCAUUAAUUUUUUACUAAUUUUCUUCAAUAUUUUGAGGUACUGUUGGUGCAUUAUUAUACUCAAGGUUUCGAGUCAAAUUUUUUUUGCGCUGUGGUAAUUUACUAAAUUCCUCAGUCAAAUAUAGACAGGAACACUACCUUGUGGAAAAUAACUGGACCGAGAUAAACCGAGAUAUAUAAUUAAAGAGACCAUGGUUAAAACAAUCAUAUAAUUAUCUGGUUGAGAUAAGAUACGCUAAUUAAUUCUCUUGAUUUUAGGAGUUCCAAAAGAUCGAGCCACAUUGCUGGACUUGCCAAUGGUACUAUGAUGGGUGCUAUUGAUCUUAGUUUUGCAAUAUCAUUUCGUUACGGUGGACAUCUUGUGACAGAAGGCGAUAUCUCAGUAAAAGAUUUGAUGCAGUAAGUCUUAUACAGUAUAUCACUGGAAUUUUUUUCAAAAUCCUUACUAUGGAAACAGUAUGGAUCUUCCAUCGAUCGAAACAGCAUGUCAAUUGCAAUUUCCAUAACAUGGGUUUUUUGUAUGGAAAUAGUAUGAAUGUAGUGAUACAAUUGCAAAUUCUAUAGUACUAUGAAUUUCACAAUUUUUUCCAGUGUAUCUUCGGUUCUAGAGGUUUCGGAGAGCCAGGGUUUCGCGUGUAGUAAUGUGAAGCAUUCUUUGAUCGACCCGCACCAAUUUGAAGCUAGCGAAUCAGAAUAAGAGUUUUUAAGAUAGAAUAAUUUACACUGCAGGCAGAGGUAUUCAUGAAUGAUUUUAGGAAAUUUUACCCUUUAUAAAUUAUCUGGUUAUUAUUACAGUUUAAUAUCUGCGUUCUGAGUUACAGUAACAGUACCAUGCAUGAUCUUACUCAAUCAUAGCGCACGUCAUGCAACAAAGUACAAGUCAUGAUCUUAUAUUUUAUGAACUUAACCUUGAAUUUGUUGCUUGAUCAGUUGAGCUUUAAAUUUUGCUUUGUUGUAUACAUGCACACACUAUACUGUGAUUUGGUAUCAUUUACUGCUGUAAAUGAAUGCAGUACACAACUUAGCCAUUGAAUAUAACUGAGCGAGGGGUGUAUCACUCCAAAAGAGUGUCCUGGAGGAUUUGGGGGGAUUUUUAGUGAUUUGAUAACGAUACUUUUAAUGGCGUCCAUUUUAGUACUUCUGAUAGUACUGUAAUAGCCCAUUUUUAGGGUUUGCUGUUGCUUAGAUAUAUAUAUUUAUUAAGAAAUACACAUCGGAGCCUAGAGCUGAAUUGCGUGAUUACAAACUUCAAAAAUAUUACAUUUAAUAAACGAUUAGAAAAGUCAUUAUGCAGAUCCAAUAAAUUUAUCACUGAAUUAAGUCAAAUCUACCAAUUUCCUUGUAGUUUUUACAUUGCAGAAUUUAUAUAUCUGAUCAUAAUUGCAUGCACAUUUGUUCUCUGGGGCAAAAAAUUACAAACGGUCAAUUUUGCUUUUGUUUUUGGUAAUGCGACAUGGUCUUAAUGUAAUGACAAAAACUACACGAAUAGAUAAUUCCGUAUACGUAAUUGACAAUUCUUCUGAGAAGAUAUCCUACAACACACAAAAACAUUAUUCUUCAAGGUUUUAUACUACUUAAUUUUUUCAAACAGGUCCGUGAUGACAGUCAUAGUCAGUGCUGUUAUUGUGGGCCAAUUGAUGUCUAUGACACCGGAUUAUACAAAAGCAAGGGAAGCCACGAACAAAGUGUUUCAUUUCUUAGAAAAGACGCCUGCCAUUGACAGUUACUCUGACAGAGGGGCACGCCCGGUAAGUUACCAUUCCUUGUUAUUUAAAUUUUGCAGUGACUAUGUAUAAUGAUUAUUUGGAUUAUUGAUUGAUUGCGAUAAAAGUGACGGCAUAGUUAUUGUUGUUGACUAGCCAGAUACUAAUUUUAUUUCUCUUCAAAAUGCUGAGAAAAUACUGGGAAAACUGCUAAAUUCCGUGACCUUUUAAGUUGUUUUUAUAAUUUGUCGUAUUGGUUUUUAUCAUUCUGCUAUCACAAUUUUACGCACUGAACGAUAUAUGCUUUCAGUACACACUCAACAUGGGUCUAUUAGAAAUCCAGUGUUCUGAUUGGCUACCCAACCAGGGACCAUAUGUUAGGUGGAUUAUUAAUUAACCAUGAGGAAUUCUUGGUAAAUAAUCCACCCAACAUGAUCUAAUCUGGCUGAUUCAAUCGUAUAACCAGGUUAAAUUAACCAGGAUUGUAGUUAAAUUGACCAUGAAAUUUAACCAGAGACCCCAAACAGUGACACUUCUGGAUUAACCAGGAUAUUUUUAAAACCAGGGUGAAAAUAUAAAGAGUGUAAUAGUAUUUUUUCCGUCCAAUUUGGAAAGACAUACACUCGUGAGUUUUUCAAAGUUUCAAACUAAGGUGUCAAAUUACACUUGUCAUUGGACUCGUAAAUGAUUUUGAUCGUCUUUGAAAAACUCACUUGCGCAUGAUUUUGCACUCCAAAUCAUAGUAUUACUUAUGCUAAUAUUUUCUUUUAGAGUUCUUGCAAUGGGGAAAUUCGAAUCGCGAAUGUUCGCUUUAGAUAUCCCACACGACGAAAUGUGAAAGUAUUACGCAACCUAAGCUUGAAUGUCCAACCAGGACAAACUGUAGCUCUGGUUGGAACAAGUGGAUGCGGUAAAAGUACCUCUGUUUCAUUGAUUGAACGGUUUUAUGAUGCAAGGAGCGGAAGUGUGGUAAGAAUUUUGACUAAUUAUGUAACGCAUUGAUGCGCAUUGAUGUUCAUGGCAAUUUCUUCGCGAAUUGAAAAGAGCGUUCAAAACCUCAAAUCGUUUUGACGCACCUGGCAAAAUGACUUCUUUAUAACCUUGUUUUAAAGUUUAUACAGUUUGCUAACUUUUUAAAUGCAUCUGCGAGUUUAGUGACGUAAAAUAACAGUAAAAAAUGACAAUUGAAAUACAGUUAAUGAUUUAAUUAAAAUAGACGCCAUAUUUACAGCAAUAUAUAGGCUAAACUUACUCUGGAUUUUAUACGCAUAUAAUUUUCACUUUGAUAUAUCAAAUAUAUGAAAUAAUUUUAUUUAUACAUUAGGGAGUGAGAGAUCGUAUAUCAUAUCAAGCAAAAUUCGUCGGAUGGCCGCUCCCCCGUUUUGUGCAUGAUGGUCUUAAUAUUUAAAAGUAUAUCCCCGCCGGACAUAUAUACAGGAUGCAAUUCUAAUCUUUGUUUAUAUGGAUGUCUGCAUGACUAUUUUCCCAUUAAGAAAUAGAAAACAUUUACCGUAUUUCUACACAGUUUUGGGAAAACGCGUGGGAAUUUGCAUGGAUUAAGGGAGAGUUUUCCACGUUAUUUCGAGUUCUACCAAACUACGACAAGGAUUUCUAUAACUGUAUAGAAACACAGGAAAUAACGUUUUCUAUUUCUUUUAUAUCUCGAGAAAAGAUUUUAUGGCUUUUGUAUAAAUACUCAUUAUAUCAGCGUAAACCCACUUGAUCGGCGCAUGCAUGCGUGGUCGAUUUCACAACAGAAUAGUUAAGAUGUCAAGUUCUCCUCUAUUUAACUGAGCUAGAAUUCCCUUUUUGUCUUAGGGUUCCUUAAUUUAAUUUCUUUGCGAAAGUUAGUUUUAUUGUACACAUUUUUUCGAUUAUAGCGCAUGUUUUAAACAAUUUCUUUUGUUUACGCUCUAUAAAAUUAUAGCUGCGAGACGAGAAAUGUUAGCUAAUAGUAUACCGCUUAAUAUACAGUUAUACUGAAUAUCAUUGUGUUGUUUACGUUUAGAUGAUAGAUGGCCAUGAUAUCAAGGAGUUGAAUUUAAAAUGGCUGAGGAGUCAAAUAGGAAUUGUCUCUCAGGAACCAGUUCUGUUCGACUUGUCUAUAAGAGACAACAUCGCGUAUGGUGAUACAUCAAGAACCGUUAGUGAUAGUGAAAUUGAAGAAGCGGCAAGAGCUGCCAAUAUUCACGAUUUCAUCACAACACUACCAAAGGUAGGGAUAUACGUUCUUAGUCUCUAG